GGAGGGGCGUGGCACGCGCAUACGAGGCCCCCUCUUCCCUCCCCAUCCGCAGGGCGCGGUUCAAACGACCCAGCGUCGCGAGCGGAAGGGAGGGAGAGAAGGUAGGAGUCCCGGCCUCCCUCGCUGGCCUCCCUCUCAGCCGCACACCGGCCGGCCCCAUGGUCCCCGCCGCCGGCGCGCUGCUCUGGGCCCUGCUGCUGAGUCUGGGGCCCCGGGCGGCGGGGGCCCAAGGCCUGACUUCCACCGAGACCCAGCGGGUCAGUUUCCGCCUCGGGGUCCCUAUGUCCCGCCACUACCGGACCACCCUCCGGACCGGUGGCCCCAGGAGGAUGAAGGUAACAAUGGAGGAUGAGGAUGACGUCGGGGCCACUGUCGAGCGCCUAGCAGGCCCGGCUGCUGCGGAGCUCUUGGCCUCCACGGUGGCCACAGGCGUAAGCAAGUCGAUUGUGUCGUCGGCCGAGGAGGAUGAGUCUUUGGAAGAGGGGGUUGUGAUUAACGCCAGAAAGAAUAACAUCACUGCAGCGUCUUUCAGCAGGGGUUACAAUACAGCGAGGGUGCCCAGCUCGAAGUUUAAAGCAAAUACCCAGGAGAAGGAGAUCAGGAUGUCUACAGACGUGCCAGCCAACACCUGGCAGCCUACUGGGGGGGAAAUACAGCACCCCGACAGUACCAUGAGCCAGUGGUCCACGGCCGGGUCCACCCCAAACCGGUGGCAGCAGCCCUCCCACACGGCCAUGCCCCCUCCCGAGGAUCUGCGGUUGGUGCUGAUGCCCUGGGGCCCGUGGCAUUGCCACUGCCGGUCAGGCACCAUGAGUCGGACCCGGUCUGGGAAGCUGCAGGGCCUUUCUGGGCGCCUUCGAGUUGGGGCACUAAACCAACUCCGUACAGAGCAUCGGCCGUGUACUUAUGAAAAAUGUCCAUGCAACCGGCUUCGGGAGGAGUGCCCUCUGGACUCCAGUCUCUGCUCUGACACCAGUUGUACCACUCAGACCACCACCACUCCCACAACCCCUCUCAGCUCUAGAAUCAGACCUACGCCCUUCCUCUUCUUUGGCCCCAGCCCCAGCCCCAGCCCAGCCCUUGCUUUUUGGAGACGGGUCAGGAUCGGGCUGGAGGAUAUUUGGAACAGUCUGUCUGCAGUGUUCACAGAGAUGGAACCACUAGAGAAAAACCGCAGGUAAUGGCCACUUCAUCUGCAAGAGGUUUCAGCAUCUCAACCUAUCCACCCUUUUUGAUCCCAGCACCCACUGGAUAUUUUUAGUACAGAAAAAACUAGAAAAAAAAUUGUUUGGUCUUGUGUCUUUUUACAGAGGUAUCUGAGGUGGAGACCAGAAAUCUCUUGAACCGUAAAACUGAACUGUGUAACCAGCAGCAUUGGGCCUGAUCCCUCCCCUUGUCCCCCAGCAUAUUUUAUACCCCCCUCCAUAAUGUUGAUGUUCCUCCUCUGCUUCACUUCCAAAGUCAUUUUUAAACAAGUGAUUGUUUAAAGACUUGAAAAAUCUCAGAUAAAUGCCAAGAGGAGGGAACAGGAAGAAUAAGGAGUUGAGCCCUUGGAAGAUAUUGGUGGUCUUCUCCUUGCCUUCACAAUACUCGGCCUUCUGUCCUUGCAGAGGGCGAAGAUGGCACAGAAUUCCACGUCAGCUACUUUUUAGCAGUUACCUUCAUCAACUGUAUUUAUCCUUUGACCCCAAACAUGCCUGUAGUGAUUGCUCUGUGACUACUUUGCUUAAACAUUUUUUAUUUGAAAAAUGUAUUUAAAAGUCCAACACAUUUUUAAUAUAAAUUAUGACUCUCAUAAACCCUUUGCCAUCACUCUUAAAUACAGUUCAAGUGAUGGUAGCAUACACGUUAGAAAAGGUAGCUAAAGGCAAGAAAAUACCAAAGACUAUGGCCAAAGAAGAGGCAUUAGGAUAAGGCGGUAGAUCGUGGUGACCAGAGUCCGUGAGUCCCCCAUCCUCCUCCCCUAUGACCCCUUCAGAUUGAAUAUAACCCUCAGGUUAUGAAGCCACUUUAGGACAGCCUAUGAGCUACUCUCAGAACAACUAGCUACACUGGAACAGAGUAAAUUGGGAAUGUAUGACCAAUCUUAGACCCUGAAAAGUGGCAGGAAAUACACUGAAAUUGGAACAAAGUCAGAACCUGUCACUACAGGUAGGGCAAACUGGAUGGGUGGUACUCAGCAGAGUGGAUCCUAGUUCCCACCUUCCUGACACCCUCACCAUCAAAUAGGAUGCUUCUUGUUGCUGAGCUAAUGAGAGACCCCCAUCCUCUCAGUCAAGAGCCGGCAGGAGCUCACCGGUCUCGUUCUGCCUUUCGAACCACUCCGAGGUAAGGGGCCAGAAGAAAAAAAACACCUGAGAAAACAAACUGCCUAAAGACCCUCCUCCUGCUCUAUUUUCCCACCUAACACAGACUCUUCAGCCAGGUGGGGAGUGGGACCUGGUCUUCAGACAAAACUCCCUGAGUCUUAAUUUGUGUCUGGUUCUAGGACUAGAGCACAGAAAUGGAGCUUAACGUUUGCAGAGGAUAAACGUGGGUGUCUAUGGCUCUCCUUUUUUCUCCCUCCCUUCCCCAAUCUCCCCAUGCUCAGUUCAUGCUUCCACACUUCAGGAACCCCUCCUCCAGAGAAGAAUGGAGAACAGUACAAUCCACCAGAGACAUGAACCCAUGCAAAGCACAAGCAACACAUCAAAUAAAGGGCUGUUUUCAACAUUGUGUGCGGCCCUAGUAAGCCUACUUUGCAAGAGGGCCUGGUUCCUCAUGGCUCAGGCUGAGGGUGAAUGAUGGGAUGAGCGUAGGGUGGGGAAGACACUUUGGAGAGAAAUACCUGGACUCUCGAGCAGUAGUUCUCACUUAGGGGUGAUUUUGCCUCCUAGGAGACAUUUGGCAAUACCCGGGGACAUUUUUGGCUGUCAUAACUAGGACAGACACCCUACUGAACGUCCUAUAAUGCGCAGGACAGUCCCCCAUUACAAAGAAUUAUCCAACCCAAAUGUCAAGAAGAGCCGAGGUUGAGAAUCCUUGGAAUCUGGAGGUUUCUCUGCUCCCAUGCGGUGAGGAUCUAACAUCCCUAACCUCACAGAUUGUUUUCAACCUACCACGCCUCUCAUCCUCAAUGGUUAGGAUAUACAUUCUCAGACAUGCCUCUUAGUUUUCCAGCAUUCUGAGUUUCUCUCCAGAUCCCUCUUCCUCCUCACCUGAGCCAGCAGGGAGAUUGGCAGAGGGCAGGCCAGGUCCCCAAGACUUAAAUGGGAUCCCAUCAGGUUAAGACCCACUUCUUACCUUAGCUUUCAUUCAGUGGGAAACAAUAAGGUUCCUAAUGGGGGUAGGGCUGAAGGCAGAGGUAGUAGAAAGAGGGGGGUAAUUAAGAGAACUCAAAUUAAACUUUUAAUUAAUUUAAAAAGAUGUUGGAGAACUCACAAUGCUGCAGAAACAGGGUCAGAGGCCUCCUGGAGAAAGAGCUGGUAGUGGCAGAGAGAAAUCGAGCUUAAGUUUUGGGACCUAAAGAGAAAGAAUAUAUAGACUAGGCAGUGGUCACCCUCCUACCCCCUGCUUGAUGUCUGUUUCAGUUCAUUCCAGGAGGAAAAUGGAGAAGGGCAGGGAGGUAAGGAGCUUCUCGGCAAAGCCGGCUUCAGCUUUGGUAAUCUCACCCACCUACCCCAUUUAAAGAGUUCCAGGUUAAGAGUUUAAAAACAGAUGGCACCUAGACCGUCAUUCAGGAGAAGGGAAUGCCUUCCAGGUUCCCAGAAAACUCCUAUCUCAGAUCUGAGAGUGUCCAGGGCUUCAGCUGAGCUCCUCUGGCCAACCAGUAGUCAUUUGGUCAGUCCUGCUGCCUUGAGCCCAUCUCCAGGAGGGGCUAGAGCCAGAGGGAAGAGAGGGAG